AUGUCUCGUUGGUCAACGAUCCUGGGGGCCGUAAUUGGCUUUUUGUCGGUUGCCGUCUACUUGAUUGAUAGAAACUUGGAGAGCUUCUAUAUUUUCGACAAGCCUUACAUGCAUGACCUGUCAAAGAGGGCCAUCUACGCUCACGGAAAUGACACGGAUGCUAUCGUCAAAUACAUCGUCAGCGAGCUAUACGAGAAGUAUCCUUCAGCCGUGAACCCACGACACGACGACCCCUCUGAAUGGAUGUUCAAUAACCACGGGAGCGCCAUGGGCGGCAUGUACAUCAUUCAUGCUAGCCUUACUGAAUACCUCAUCAUCUAUGGCACUCCGCUCGGCACUGAGGGUCACUCUGGCCGUCACACAGCCGACGACUACUUUCACAUUCUCACCGGCGAAGAGCGAGCAUACGUCCCAGGAAAGUACGAGCCGGAGAUCUAUCCUCCUGGAUCUGUACACCACCUGAAGCGCGGCACCGUCAAGCAAUAUAAAUGCCCCGACCAUUGUUUUGCUCUUGAGCUUGCAAGUGGAUGGAUCCCGCCAAUGCUGUUUUUCGGAUUUGCGGACACUUUCACAAGCACUCUGGAUUUCCCUACCCUGUACCGCACUGUCGUACUCACAGCUCGAGAAAUGGUUGGCAAUCUUAUCCGUGGGAAGAUUUAG